AUGGAUUCUGUUUUUUCUACUUUUUACCAAGACUCUCAGCAAUCAUUCUGGGUUUCAACACAGAUAAAAACUCCUAAAGAGAUAACUCCAAUUUUGCACACAGGAAUGCUCUACGAACGAAAAUCUCCAAUAAUUUCCAAAGAAAAGCUGUGUUUUCUUACCGACUCUGCACUUUUUGCAGCAAAAAGUUCAGGAUUAAAAGCUAUAAACUUGGCUUGGAGAAUUGUUGAGCCAUUUACUGAAGAAUCACAAAAUUCGAUAAAAUACGGAUUUCGAAUUUUAUACCCAAUAUAUAUAUAUUUGCCAAUUUUCAAAAAUAAAUGGAACAGAAAAUUAAUUUAAUCUUGCUUUGAAUAAAAAAUUCCAGCUUUAAAUAUUUUUAUGUUGACUCCUCUCAAGAUUUAAACAUUUGGAUAAAGCAUUUGUCUAAAAUCAGUAUCAUGACUGGAGUAGAAAGUGACUACAAUAUUAAAAAACAAAUCGGAAAAGGCACUUUUUCAACUGUAUGGCUGGCUCAAGAUUUAUAUGAUAAUAAUAAUAAGUAUGCCAUAAAGUCUAUUCCAAAAGCACUAUUGACAAGACCAAGCACUAUUGAAGCACUUAAAUCUGAAAUUUUUACAUUAAAGACCCUUGAUCAUCCAAAUGUAAUCAAGCUUCAUAAGAUUUAUACUGCUCUUAAUUGUUUUUUCUACAGUCAUGCAAAAGAAAUUUUUAUUUAAAUUGGCUAUUUGAUAUUCCAUUUAUAUAAAAAUAUAUAAGUUACUAUUAAUUAAAGUAUAUGAGUCAAACACUCAUGUACACUUAGUUUUGGACUAUGUAGAGGGGGGAGAUUUACUGAAAAGACUCUUAGAAAAGGGCCCUCUUUCAGAGAAAAAAGCUUCGAAAUUCGCUGUAAAACUACUCAAAUUGUUAAAUUAUUUAGCUCAACACCAGAUUGUGCAUAGAGAUAUAAAACUAGAAAAUAUUCUUUUAGUUUCUGACAAAAAAGAGACAGAUUUCAAGCUAACUGAUUUUGGGCUUGCAUGUAUAUCAAAUGAAGAGCUUACAGAUAACUGCGGAUCUCCUGGAUAUGUAGCUCCAGAAAUUUUACGAAAAAUACCUUAUGGCUUAAAAAUUGAAUAAUUAAAAUGUGGCGUCUCAGCCUGGCCAUGUCCAUGGAGCUUCGAGUAGAUAUUUUAAUUAUAUUCAGAGCCCAGAAAUGGAUAGCUAUGCUAGUUAGAUGAUCUUUAUUAUGCUUAGGGCCCCGAUUUCUGGCACUGGAUUUUACCUUGAGGGAAAGAGGAACUUGGAGUUGAAGGGGAAGGGGAAGCCCAGCAAAGUCUUCUAUGCCUAUAGGGCAGCUCUCUAGAUUGAAGCCAGGAGUUACGCUUUGGACUACAAAGUUUUACCUUUUGCGAGAGUCGGCAGAAAUUCCAUUUUUUGGAAUUUCUGUGCAGGUCACCCUCGUCUGGCGUACAGCACGGUGAUGCAGCCCACUUCGCUCUCCGUUCGGAGCGAGCCUUAGGCGAAGAUAAAUUAACCCCAUGGAGUGGCGGCAUAAGGCAAUCCAACGAAGCAAGUGAAGAUGAUCACCCUCAGAUGCAGACAGAAACUUCUUUAUAAUAACUUAAUGUUAAUGCUUAUGGUUUAAAAGUUGACAUUUUUAGUGUCGGCGUCGUUUUAUUUAUGAUGCUAUCAGCCCGAGCUCCUUUUUCAGGAAAAUCACCAAAAGAUAUCAUCGCAAAAAAUAAAGAAUGCUUAUUGUCAUUUCACAACAAAUGCUGGUUACAAAUCUCCAAAGAAGCUAUCAACACAAUCUUAGCCUUAACAAAUUCCAACCCAAAUCUCAGGCCCAAUGCAAAAAGUGCUUUAGCGCUAGCCUGGUUUUCAUCAUUUAAAAAAAAUAAAAGAAUGAUGAGGAGCUUCUCAAGUACCUCUACUAAUGCUUCUAAUUCAUCGUCUUAUGAAAACUCUCCAGUGAUAAAGACAAUACCUUUAACAUUUUUAACAUUACUUAAAGUGUUUAACGUGCUUCUCCGGUCCGCAGGGUGGGUGAUUUAGCAAAACCACUAGGGCAAUACAGUAGAUACCAAUCGGUAAACGCCACCGAGCAUUAACAACGUCACCCUUUUUAUCGAGCCAACGGACAAACCUAAGCAAGUGACGGCUAAUUGGCUACCAGAUCUACGGGCUGCGUUGCCUCGCUCGAGACUUGACUCCUGCGCGUUGUGCCGCCUUUGGGUCUUCCUCCUCGGAAGCGUCAAGCAGUAAAACCCUGUGACUACCAAACACCCAAGGAUCAGGUCAGGAGGCUGCGCACACCCUCCCAGUUGUUUACCUGGAUAAGGUCUUACCGGGAAAGCUGAACCCUAUAAUAAUAAAAUUGCCAAAUGAAAGCAAAUUCCUCAGAGUGGUAUAAAAAAAUCAAAUUAAAGUAAAAAUAUUUUUAUAAAUUUAAAUCUUUAAAUCUUAGGCAAUGAUCAAAUGCAAUAUUUUCUCCUUCUUAUUUUUAGGUUGCAUAAUUUGAAGCUUCUUCUUCUCUUUAAAUUUGUCGGAGUUCUUCUUUAUUUAUUAUUUAUUAAUAAAAAUGCCCAUGGCCUUAUCUCAGAGGGGUAUAUUUUUUUUUCAUGUUAGCCACCCUGCUCAAAAUUUUACAAAUAGAAUAUGUCAUUUUCUUAUUAAAAUAUUAAUUUUUCUACAGAGAGCGGAAUUUUCUCCACGACGCCAUUUUAUUAUUAAUAUGAUAAAGACAAGACCAAUAGAAAGAAAAAAUCGACUUUCUAUUGACUGUAACAAAAUAAAAUUAUUCCAAGAAAAGCGCGGCAGAACGAACUCAGAUACUUUGAUUCACCAAAAAAGCAAUAAUUCACUUAACAAGACGUGCUUAUUUAAUAAAACAAAACACAUAACUAACAAAUCAUUUUUCGUGUAA